AUGAGCUUGUCUUCCUUUGAUAUACCCAGAAACAACUUUAAAAGCAAGAAGGCCUCAGUAUUUAACUCCACAGGCCGUGAGAAUAAGCGGCAGCAACCAGCUCCAGUCCUGCAGACCUCAACGGGCGUUCAGCCGGCCACUACCUUCACAACAACCGCCCACCCGCCCGCCUGGACGCUGCUGUGGCGCCGGCCCCCGUUCCCCGCUGACCUUGCGGCCGACCCCCCGCAGCCCCCGGGCCACAAGCAGCGGCCCCGGCCGGGUGUGCAGGACAGCCCCAGCGCCGGCCCCCAACCCGGGAGAGAGAUGGGGAGGCCGCUAAGGGCCAUCGAGGCGGGGCGCAAGACGGAGGGCAGGGACGAGGCGGAGCUGGGGCGCCGCAGGCUGAGGCGGGGGGCGCCGGCGUGGACAGGGCCCCCCCGCCGGAGCCCGCCUCCCCCCGCCCCGCUCAGCGGGGGGGAGCAGAGCGCGCCCAGCCACCCCCACCCCUCGGGGGAGGCCCAGGUAGCUGGGCGGAGCACCCCCGGCCCCAGGAGCCCGGUACCUGGCUGCGGCGCUAGGGGUGCCGGGGCUGCGCCCCCGCCAUGCCCGGCUCCAGCUGCUGGAGGCCCCGACGCCAGCGGCUCAGUCCGGCCCGGCCGCCAUGUCAGUCGCGCCGCGCGAUGCAUUGUGGGGCGAGGCGGGAGGGAGAGCCUGGAGGGCGGGCGGCGCUGCCGGGCGGCGGCGUGUGGUGCCUGGGCCUGGUGCAGCCCUGCCCUGCCCCACCUGACCCUACCCGGAGCGUGGCCGGCUGGUGGAGGAGCCUCACCUGCCCCACAGAACUGCCCCUCCUCUGGGCAGCGCCCCCCUCCCAUCACCGCCGGCCUUCAGAGCCUUCCUACCCCACAGCAGGAAAGAGGGAUGCGGGCUUAA